CAAUUUGGGUUGUUUUUCUCGUUCGGGGUUGAUAGGGCGCUCAUUCACGAUCAAGGAGAGAAGACAAGGUCCUUGGGGUUCAUAUCUCUGUAGUGUCUGAUUUGGGUACUUUGUUGGAGUGACGGUGAGUGGAAGCGGCGUUAUUGAGAGGCAGUAAUCGCUGCCGAUCGUCACUGUCGUUUGAAUUUCGAAGUUGAGGAGUAGUUUAAGUUGUUGACUGUUUGUGAACGUUGGUGUUUGAGCGAAUCGGUGAGGUGUGGAGGGGGCGGGACGGAGAGGAGGGAGAAGGAGCGAUUGUGAGAGUGAGAGAUUGGUGGUCAGGUUCGGUCUCGGUGUUCGGUGGUUGAUUGUAGAUGUGGAGAGUUCACCUGUAUAGUGUAAGUUAUGGACACUGCAAGUUAUUGAGGUGAGAAGUAGAGUGUGAGUGAGGGAGGAAGGCACGAGAAAAUUUGAAGUUGAAGCGUGGGAGAUAGAUUGAGCAGUUUGUGUUUCAAUGUGAGUCGUGCUCUGGAGAGAGGAUUCUCGAGGUACAGUUCAUUGGUAGGUUGGUCUGACGUUUCUGUCCCGUUCGAGUUCUGGGAUUUCUCAAGUGGGAAAUACGCUGGUGGUGAGAUUGUGGUCUUUAUGUGAAUGUUUUGAUUGAACCGGAAUGCAGUCAAGUCAUGUUUUAGAGUAAGCUGUCGUAGGUAGUCUGAGAGUGACUGUGUAUUGUUGUGGGCCGUGGUCAUGAAUGUAGUUGGAGAGUUGUUAAUUAUUAAUCAUCAGCUGAUCAGCUGUCUCUAUUCCGCUUGAUUUUGAAUCUGAAUGUCUGCAGUAUCGUGUCGCAUUGUUGUCUUGGAGACGGUUUUGCGACCGUCUUUCUCGCUGUAGUUUCUCUACGAAGGAAUCAUAGGUAGAGCAGAGUCUUUUGAGGGUUCGGCCUGUUGUUUUAUACCCAUAGGAAGAGAGGGUUCCAAAAUGUUUUCGAAGCUUUUGAGGAGUGCGAGGAGACAUGUUCUUCUACGUUGUGUUCUAAUUGUAAGAUCGAUGGCAAGGCGAAAGCAGGGUAAGGUCGUGGGCUAGCCAGUUAGCUCUUGAGUUUUCUUCCGCAUGGGACUAGUUUAGGAGUACACCUGUUUUCGCGAAUCCUCAUUACAACCGACGAGUUCAUGUGGUAUUGGAAUUGAAUUUUGGACACUAUCAGCCCUGCGGUUCUCCGAAAGAUAGCAUUCUCGAUCGAUGUGAGCCGCGAGCAAGUUACAAGAAAAUUGAUGUUUCAGUUUGUCACAGUAUGUGUUAUGUCAAGAGAGCUUGUGAAAUAUAGACAGGGAGCUAGGAGGCAGUAAAGAGAAGCCAGAGGAAUGACGUCAAGGGCGACCUCGCCGCGCCGCUCUGGCCAAUUUCUGAAGUCGCACAAGGGUCAAGAUGAUGGGGCGGACAUCACAUUGCAACCUGUAAGGUUACCGCUGCGUUCAAUUCCAGAAGCGACUCUGAAGACAUCAUCUACGUCUGAGAAGACGGAGCCCGAUUCUCCGUCAAGGCCUUCCACUCCCAGAGGCAAGAAGCGGGGCUCUGGCGUGUUUAGAGGUAGUGAGAAUGUUGACAGCAACAUUGCCUCCGCCUCGAACACACCCGAGAAGCCUCGGGAGAAACGAACUACUCUCACCCGGGUCAGUAAGGUCGCUGCAGCCUGGCCGCCCAAGUUGCCUUCUAUAGCUCGUUCACUGCACGAUAGUCUACAACAGACUGAUUCAGCGAACAGGAGCUCGGACAGCGAUUCUGCCAGUGGGACUCCCACUGCCGGAAAUCGGACCCCUGCUGUUUCGACCUCCACAGCUAGCAAGGUAGGCUCAAUUGAUUCCACACCUCGCACCUCCAGGAUCACUGGCAAGCGACCCCUGGAUUCCGAUAAUUCCAAGACUUGGGUCAGCUCGAGCAACUCGACCUUCACCCCCAGCCGCAUCAUUAAUCGAUCUCUCAGAUAUGGCGCUACCCCUGGUAGCGCAGCCAGUAUAGGUAGCGUACGAGCACCUGGGAGUGCUAGGUCGCUGGGAUUAUCCCAAGUCUGCGCCGACCAGCAGAUUUCGGAGCAGCAAUACGACAUUGAAGAGGAUCCUAUGUUCUGGGACGACCACAACGUGCAGGUGAUACUGCGCACUCGGCCAAUCAGUUCGUCUGAGUCUGCGUUGAAAGGCUUCGGCAGAUGCGUUCGACAGGAAAAUUCCCAGAGUAUCACUUGGAUUGGGCAACCUGAGUCAAGGUUCACCUUUGAUCAUGUUGCUGGCGAACACAUCACACAGGAGAAACUUUUCAGAGUGGCUGGCAUUCCCAUGGUUGAGAAUUGCAUGGCUGGAUACAACAGCUGUAUGUUCUGUUAUGGUCAGACUGGAAGUGGCAAAACCUAUACAAUGCUUGGGGACAUUGUGGACCUUGAACACCGUCCCAGCGACAACCGGGGCAUAACACCACGCGUGUUUGAGUACCUAUUUUCCAGGAUACAAAAGGAAGAAGAAUCUCGUAUUCAUGAGCACCUGAAAUAUGUCUGCAAGUGCUCCUUUUUGGAGAUUUUUAAUGAGCAGAUAACUGAUCUUUUGGAGCCAACCUCUACGAACUUGCAGAUGCGGGAGGGUGGCAAAAAAGGAGUAUACGUUGAAAACCUUUCUGAAGUUGAGGUCGAAAGCGUGCAAGAUGUUGUGCAUCUCCUGCUUCUGGGAGCUGCCAACAGGAAAGUGGCUGCCACGAAUAUGAAUCGUGAGAGCAGUCGUUCGCACAGUGUGUUUACCUGCACCAUUGAGAGCAAGUGGGAAUUCAACUCAAUGACGAGCAUUCGAUUCGGGCGAUUGAACCUGGUGGAUCUUGCUGGGUCUGAAAGACAGAAAAGCUCGGGAUCUGAUGGAGAUCGGUUGAAGGAGGCUGCCCACAUCAACAAGUCUCUUUCUACUCUUGGUCUCGUCAUCAUGAUACUCGUGGAUGUAGCAAAUGGGAAGCAGCGUCAUGUGCCUUAUCGUGACUCUAAGCUCACAUAUCUAUUACAGGAUUCUUUGGGGGGGAAUUCGAAGACCAUCAUGAUAGCGAAUAUAAGUCCUUCUAGCUGCUGUGCGCUGGAAACUCUGAGUACGUUGAAGUUCGCUCAACGCGCGAAAUUCAUCAGAAACAAUGCCUUUGUGAAUCAAGAUGCCUCGGGAGAUGUGAAUGGCCUACGUCAAGAAAUCCAGGAACUGAAGGAAGAGUUGAACCGCAUGAAGAGACAGAAAAGCUUGCCUUUGACGUCUUCUAUGCAUACGACAGCUUCAGUCCAUCUAGAUAGCGGUCGUAAGGUGGACCAAAACAUGGGAACGGCAAUUAUUUCAUUCAAUGAACAGGAGCAAUCUCAUUGUUCCUUCGAUUCAUGGGAGAUGUCUAAAUCUUUUACUGGCCCACGAUUUUCGAUCAAAAAGCUGGAAGCCUUGGAGGCAGUCUUGGCAGGUGCUCUCAGAAGAGAGCAGGAAGCAGAAUCAUGCCAAAAGAGACAAGCAGUUGAGAUUGAUCAGCUUACCCGUCUUGUGAAACAGCGGGAGGAUGACAAUCAAUGUAGCAAGAUGUUGUUACGGUUUCGAGAAGAUAAGAUAAAAAGAUUAGAAGCGCUCUCCGCAGGGAUUGUGCCUGCGGACAUGUACCUCAGGCAGGAGAAGGACUCCCUGACGAAUGAGUUGCAGCUCAUCCAGGCGAAAGUUGACCGCAAUCCUGAGCUAACCCGCUUCGCCAUGGAAAACAUACGGUUAAUGGAGCAACUUCGCAGGUUCCAAGACUUUUACAUUGGUGGAGAAAGGGAAGCCAUGGCUGACGAAAUUUCUAACUUAAGAGAUCAGCUGCUGGAAGUGCUUGAUAGUAAACUAUCGCUAACCGCUCUUACUUCUCCUCAGAGGGAAGCUUUGGCUCCUGAGCUUGCUUCUGCCAAGCGAGAAAUCGAGCUCCUACGCAUUGAAGCAGACAACUAUCGAAGGGAGGUCGAGGAUUGCCGGAAGAACCUGAGCUCAAGUUUGGAAGCAAAUUCAAGAUUAACCAAGCAACUUGAUGAAUCAAACGCUGAACUUCAGGAAAUGAGGCUGAGCAGUGAAGAACAACAAAACGAAAUCCGUGAACUCCGGGACAAGGUCUUGGAUAUUGAGGCUAUUGAAUUGGGCUAUGCCCAGCAUUUAGAGCUCAUAUCAAAUCUGAAAAUCAAAUUGCAGCAGAGUGAGGAGAAGUCUGAGCGUGACGCCCGCAAUCGGUCUGAGUUGAAUGAACAGCUCAAGGCCUCUCGACAGGAUGUAGAUGGACUUCAGGCAGAGUUCCAGGAAAUCAGGGAAGCUGUGGAUGCGACGGAAACAUUUCUAAGUCAGUUUUUGUCUACUGAGUCAAGUCUUUCAGUUGCUCAGGAGAUGGCUGCACUAGUAAGAGAUACAGUUACGAAAGUUCGCUCAGAAACGAAGGAAAUGGCUGUGGAACAGCAGGUGCUUUUGAAGCAUAUUGACGACGCAGCUGUUGCAGCACACAUGAAGGAAUCUGAAAUAAUGAAGCAGUUGGAAGAAGCAAAUUCUUUAAUAAAAGAGCUAUCUUCCAAAAAGGAGGAGAUAAGUCGUAUUGCUGUCUCUCUUGCAGAUGAUGUGCAUGCGCGAGAAAUUCUUUGUAAUGAGAGAUCUUAUAGCAUCAUUCAACUGGAGCAAGAAUUACAGUUCCUUGAUCUUUCAUCUCGAAAUGUAUGCACUCCUCUUAACAGAUCUUCAAGAGAGGAGCUACAUAACGUCAUCAAGCUUUGCACUGAAAUGCCACGUUCUCAGGAAGAUGGAGAUCAACCUCGAGAUAGUUGCAUCUUAAAACUUAACUUCGCCACUCCACUCCACUCCUUUCAUGUGGUUCAGGGUGAUCAUCCAACAUCGAAGGGCGAACAAGAGGUUGCGCAUAUGUCAACUGCAAGGCUUCUGGGAGAUCGAAUCCCUCUAGACAUUGAAUCAACCAGUGCGGACCCUGCAGAGCUGGAAAUACUACGUUCCAUAAGUUCUUUGCGUGAAGAGAUCAUGAAAUUGAAGCCAGAUGCCGUUGUCGAGCAGAAAGCACUCGCUAAAUGGAACGUAACAGAGUUUGGGAAGGAGCUCCAAGAUUUGACACUUGUGAUUCAAGCCGUCCAGGAGGAGAGGAGGAAUUGGGCCUUAAAGAACGAGGCUUUAUUAAAAGAGAAAGAUUUGGCAACUCGGGCACGCAAAGAGUGGGAAGCAGCUAAUUCUAGGCUCCUGGAUUAUAUCAACGAGGGCGACCUUGCUCUUACGGAGGCUGUCCGUGAGAUGGAAGGAAUACUUGACGACUCCUUAAAUCAACCGACCGCCACUGACAGAGAUCGAGAACUUGAACGCAUGAAAGGGUACUAUUCGGAUGCGGCGAAGAGCCCUGUGGUCGACAGGAAAGAUAUGAGUAAGGCCAUACGAUUGGGUGAUAAGGUGAAGUCCACUGAAAUUGAGAAAACUUUUGCCAGUUUGACUAUCAUGUUGCGAUGGUUUUCAGAUGCUCUGACGAACGAAUGCAAUGCUAAGGAUAUUCUGCAGAGGCAGAAUGAGCAUAGUCAGGAGAAUUUACAGAAAAAAGACCUCUUGAUUUCAAGCCUGCAAGCGAAGAUUGAGUGCGGUGUAGCCAAUAUGUUCGGUAAUUGCACAUUGAUAUCUGAGCCCCAAGAUGAGCUUUUCAAAGGGCAAACCCGCCCUCAGGCAUUAGAACCUCAGGCUGUAGUGGAUACGCGGCCUAAACGACUUCAAGGCAUUGAGAAGCACCGCCCUCAAAACACUACUUUUGUGAAGUGUACCGAAGAAACUGGGCUUAAGUUGGUGCAGAAACAGGUGUGUUCUAAAUUUGAAGGAGAUUUGAUAGGUUGCGAAAGGAAUAAAGGGAAAUUUGGUUUGGGAAAUAUGCAGCUUGCAGGAGAGUAUGCCCAUGACAAAGAGGCCUUAGGGAGAUCGUGCAUGGUAGCCGCAAUCAUGCUAUGGUGGCUCCAAAACCAGGUAGCUGUCAAAGGAAUUCAGAAGCUUGAUCAUGAUGAUAUUGCUCUUGAAUGUUUUGAACAAGACAGAAGAAUUGCAAGCUUGCAAGAGGAGAUCACCAAAAAAACUUUGUUACUGAUAGAGCAAGAGGAGAAAAUGGAAAUCCUUGUGAAGCAGAAUUUAAAACACGUGCAGGAAAGCGAUGAUACAAGGAAAGAACUUGGAGACAAAGAUUUUAUGUUUGGUGUCAUGCAGACUAGUAUUCUGAGACUGCAAGAUGUAGUAUCAGCAAGCGAGGCUCGCGGUGCGCAUCUGGUGUCUGAGAAAGAACAGCUCCAGAUUCAGCUCAGUGAUAGCGUGGAAAUCUCCAUAGCUCUAGAGGCAUUAAUUUCGAAGGUGCAGAGGAAAAUGGAGGAGGCCGACACUAAGGUGGUGGAACUAGCCACUGUUCAAGCUGGCAUGUUCAUUGUACAGGAAGAGUGGGAGCUCGAAACUGGAAGAUUGGUACGAAGCGUAGCAGAAGCAGAAAGUAGGUGUACACUACUGGAGCAGGAGUUGGAGCUUGCUCUCAAUGCGGCACUUAAAUUUGAAGCAGAACUAGAACUGGCCAAACUACAGGAAACUACUUUAAUCGAGAGGGAAACGAGACUUGCUGCGUUGCAGUCUCAACUACAUGAUGCAUGUACUCGCGAGACCCAGCUUACUCAAAACCUAGAAGAGGUGAUACAGUCCAAGCUGAAUAUUCAGAACGAGAACAAGGCAUUACAAUCGAAAACGGAGGAGUUGAUUUUCAUCAUGAGUCAACAGAGCGAAGAAAUAUCCCGGCAUGAGCUUUCUUUUGAACAGAAGCUUCAAAUUUCUUCUGACAUGGUGGAGGAUGUACACCGCCAGAUGAAUGCGAUAGUUGUGGAUUUGGACGCUCUUACCCUCACGAAACAAAAGCUGGAAGCCGAGGUUGAAGACAUCGAGCAUAAGAUCUUGCAUCAUUGCUCAAUGAUCGAACAAGGUCUUGUUAAAGCCCACGAGGACACAGCUCUAACUUCGGUUUUGGCAGGUGAACGUGAGAAUAAGCUUCUCGGGGAGGUUGGCGCAUUGCAGUGUAAAGAGAUGGUUUUGUCUGCACGCGUCAAGGAAUUAGAGGAUGCUUUGGAGGGAUCGAGGAUUCUACUUAAGCAGAAGGAGGACGAGAUGGCUAUUGUCCAGGAAAACCGGAUUCAGUCAGAAAGCAAGUCUCUUCAAACCCAAGAGAAACUGCGUGCUUCAACCAUGUUGAUGAAAGAACUUGCUCGGUCAGAAGAGCAAUGGAAGCUUCAGAAAGAAGCCCUGGCAGCUGAGAACAAGAGGCUGAAGAGCUGCAUGGCUUGUCGAGAGAUGGAUUUUUCAUCCCUGCAAAGUCACAAAGAGCGACUUGAGAAAAGCCUCAAGGAAGCUCAAGAAAAGGAGAACUUGACAAAUUUGUCUCUUCGCGACUUAAAAGAGGAGAUAAAGGUCUUGGAAAAGCAGUGGAAGACUGAGAGGGAACAGUCGAAAGAUCGUUUUGCAACAGUUAACCGGGAGCUCGUGGAGAGCGAAGAACUGAAGCAAAAAUAUUUCAAUUCUGUGAAAGAGAUGGAGGAGAGAAUCAAGGUCAAGGAGCAGGUGCACGAAGUGAGAAUAUGCGAACUUGAAAGCCAGUGGAACAUUGAGAGAGAAGAGGCAUCAAAUCACCUAUCCAGAGUCUCCCUCGACCUUGCAGAAGUGAAGAGCUCCUGGGAAAAAUCGCAGCUGGAGCUUGCAACCACGCGGGCCUUAUUGUCUGCUGCAGACACCAAAAUUCAACAACUUCUUGACGAAACAAAGGCUUUAAAUGUUAACUACGAACUGCUACUUGCAGAGCAGGAGGCACUGCGGGUAGAACUUUCUCAAUGGGUGCUGGAUGCAAAGAAAUGUCACCAAACUAAUUCCUCUGUGUCAAGCACGACACACCACAAUGCUACUCCAACCUCAGAGUCAAGGUCUUUAAAAGACUGUUUCGAAGUGGUAAAGAGGGAGUUUGAUAACAUGAAACAUGAAAAUGAAAAUCUACGGGCGCAAAUGUUCGACAAGGACAACACUAUCGUAUCAUUGCGCAUGGAUCUAGAUGCUACAAUCGAAAAUAGUAGGCAGGUUGAAAUCGAAUUGAAAUCCUGUUUUGAUGAAAGAAAUGUUCUCAAACUGGAGCUUGAGAGCAUUGGCAGAGCUCUCACAAAUGCCAAAGAUGAAGUUCGAAGCAGAGAGUUGCAAGUGGAUCAAUUCGACACUGAGCUGCACAAGGUGAUGGCAUUACUGGUGGAGACCGAAGAGAAAACGGAUGAAUCGGCACGUGAGUGGCGCAAGCAGAUAGAGAAAGUGAAGACUGAGAGGGAAGCUGCAAAACUUUGUGCAACCGAAAAGGGAAGCGAAGUGACCAUGCUGAGGAGACAAUUUGAGGAAGGACAGGCUACUUUGCAGGAAGCAGAAAUCCUUGUUAAUGCUUUAGUUCGAGCUAAUGAAAUCUCUAAGCGCGAUGUAUACGAAUGGAAGUUAAGGGAAGAGGAAGCGUCUCUUCAGAGCAUUGAGAUGCUUAGCGUCAUUCAAGAAGAAAUAUCUGUGACCAUGGAUCAUGUGGAGAAAUGCAUGGAAGUCCUGGGUUCGGAGAUUCAUGGAAUGAAGUCUCUAUGGAAGAAUUGUCACUCAAAGAUGGCAGUUGAAUUCAAGCUUGAAUUGGAUGAGUUCACCAGGACUCAGAUUUCUGAAAUUGAAAGAGCCACAGAGGGAACUCGCAUGAAGCUCGCGAAAAUUAGUGCGGAGAUAGACGCAAAGUCGAGAUUGCAUAAAACUACCAUCUGCAACGAGAACCUGCAUAUUACGCAGAGUACUGGAGCUCUCGUUUCAUUGUCUGAGAAGGGUACCUGCCCUUCGAACUUUGCUUCUCAGCCUGAUGACCUCUCUGCUAGAAUUUUUGAGCUCGAGAGCUUGUAUGCAACGAAUUCUAGAAAGCUGGUCAACACUGUUGCAGAACUGAAAAAGCUUGAUAUGGAGAAACCUAAUUUGGUUGAGCGAGUGGACAUGCAGCAGGUGAACAAUAUCGCUUUAAUCAAUCGUAUUCAGGAGCUCGAGCUGUCUAUAGUAGAUGAAGGUAACUCUAAGCAAGAGAUGGAAUUGGAAAUCAUUAGUCUGCGACAGCACAAGGAUUCUUUCAAGAAUGAAAUUCAUUGGCCCGACGUAGUGAUCCGUACCUCUCAUGAUGCGCUGGAAUCGGCAGUCGUUGAGGACUCGGGACCAGAGUUAUCCUUUCAAACAUUCGGUGCAGAUUUUGAUAAUUACUGGAAUGAGACGGUGGAUUCUCAAAUAAGUGUGGACAAUUCAGUAAUCGAUCUGGAUUCUCUGCCACGACAUGCAGCCGAACUAGUCGAGAAGCAGGAUCAUCUUCUAGAACACGCUGAAAUACAGGGUCAUGUGGUGUCCAGUACCUCGAACCAGCUAGGAAUGGUUCAGGCUGAAUCCGAUGCUGCUUUGGAUAUAUUUGCAACCGUCCUUGAAAGAACUGCUGAUGAAGUGUACGAUAAAGAGGUUACGAUAGCUAAUCUUAGUAAUUUGCUGGGAAGAAACCAGACCGAAUAUUUAAAUAUGGUGGACUCUUUACAGUCAACUGUUUCCAAUCUGAGGCAAGAGAAUGAGUUGCUCCUCCAAAAAGCAAGCAUUUUGGAUGAGGAAAACAAGCACCUGCUGGAAAAGUUGGAGAUUGCAAGUCUGCAGAUUUGCAAGCAUUCGCAAGGAGAGAGUGAUGUAUCUACUGCACACGAGUUACAGGUCGAUAUCUUAAGAACCAUCAUCGAAAGUACUACAAGCGAACUGCUCGAUAAGGACCAUAUCAUAUCUACGCUUCACGGAAAACUUAGUGAAAGCUCUGCUUGCUCGCGAGCCUUGAAUGAUGAGAAAAAGGAUCUGUUGGAGAGGCUUGAGCUUUUAAGUCUGCAGGUCUGUAAGUAUUCAGAGGAGGCUGAUGCUAUAUCUACUGGGCACGAAUUACAGCUCGAAAUACUAAGAACCAUCAUUGAAAGUGCCUCUAGCGAGUUGCUGGAGAAGGAUCACAUUGCAUCUUUACUUCAAGAACAGCUUGAGCAAAGGUAUGCUAAUUGGGAAGCGUUGAAUGAUGAUAAGAAGGACUUGUUGAGGAGAUUGGAGAUUCUAAGUCUGCAGCUUUGUAAGCAAUCGCAGGAAGCCACUGCUGCAUCUGUUGCACAUGAGUCAGAGCUUGAGAGUCUGAGGACCAUCAUUGAAAGUAUCUCAAGCCAAUUGUCGGAGAAAGAUCACAUGAUAUCUGCACUUCGAGAGGAAUUACAGCAGAGCAGUGUCCAAUCCUUCCAACUCCUCACCUCCUUGGAAGGGUCUAAAUGUGAGAAGGAUUCGCUUCUUCUAACUGUAAACCAAUUAGAAACGAGAAAAGAAUUGUUUGCGGAGGAAACUGAGAUGCAGGCACGAAGAUGCGGCGAUUUGGAGAUGGUGAUUUUGAAGCUGCGAACCGACCUGCAGGAAGCCUCGGAUGAACAUUGGAAGCAAGAAAUAGAGAUCGAAAUCCUAACAGCAAUGCUCGAGUGUGCAGUUAAAGAUUCAAAAGAGAAGGAUGCUCUUGCAAAUGAACUCGAGAACCUUCUGAGUCAAAGCCAACUCCAGAACUCAGAGAUGCUUCAAUCUUCUCAGGAGGUUGUGAACCACUUUUCGCUCUUUCAAUCACAACUUGACGCCUGCUUCCAGAAAAAUAGAGAACUCGAGAAGAGCAAACUGACACUGAAUGCUGAGAUCCAAUCUCAAUCCCAAGAAAUAUCUAUCCUUAGACAACAAGGACAAGCUUCCGAGAACUCUUUGAAUGAAAUCAGGGUAUCCUUUGCAGAAUUGAAAGAACAGAAAGAAGAGGAUGUACGUGUCUUCUCAGAUAAAUUUGAAAAGAUGGAGUCCCAAUUGGCAGUGAUGCAAGUAGAUUUGUGCAAUUCGAAACUACGAUGUGAAGAGACGGAAGCUCAACUCAGUGAGAGAGAAUUUGCAUUAGAUAGUCUCCGAGGAGAACUUCUUUCAAAUCAGGAAGAAUACAAGGAGUCAGUAGUUUCGACGUCGGAACAACUACGGGGAUGUCAUCUUCGUAUAGCAGAGUUGGAAUGUGAAAAACGAGACUUGAUCAACGACCUUGAAGAAGAGUCUGCCAGAGUAGCCCAACUUCAACAGAAGAUACAAACAAGGGAAGAUGACAUGACACACCACUUCACGCAACACUGUAUCCAGCAAGAAAUAUUUGACUCGCUCGAGCAUGAGAAAAGAGAAUUGCAAUCUCUGGUUAAUCAAUACAUUGCUGAAGUUGCUGCCAAGCAACAGAGGGUCGCAGCAGUGGAAAACAUGCAUGUCGAGACGAGACUGGAAAUGGAGGCACUUGAGAGGGAUCUUAAGCAGAAAGAUGACCUUCUUCAAAGCCUUGAAUCUGACCUAAAUCUUCUUCAGGAGUCCGCACUCCAGGAGCUCUAUCUUAAUCAAGAGGUCGAAUCGAUGCGCAUCACAACAAGUACCUUGCAAAAAGAACUUAACUUCGAAAAAGAGGGGCGUGCCGAUCUGGAGAAACAGAUUGGUCAAGUUGCUGAAGAGAUCGUCCAGGUCAAAAGCCAGGCAGCAGUCUGGGAGGAGAAGUCUAAUAAUUUGGAAACUGAGCUAGACAGGAAGAGGCAGAUCAUUGAAAACCUAGAAGAUGAGUUGCGAAUGUCAGAACGACUUAUGGCGAACGCUCUAGAAGAGGUCACCAUGGAUUUGAAGGAGGUUGAAAACGAAAGGGAUCGGCUCCAGAAAGAAACAAUUGACCUAACAAAGCAACUAGAAACGACGCACGCGACUGUACUGGAGCGUGAAGCUAUUGCCUCUGAAUUGCACAAGACUGCGGAAUUAAGUAAAGCUCAUGCCAAGGUGAAAGAAGACGAAGCCGUGCUCCUCUCAAGAUCUGUGGAAGAGUUAGAGAGCACCGUCUAUGCUCUGGAGGGCCAAUUGGGUCUACUGAAUAGAGAAGCUGAGCGGCAAAGGCUGCUAAGGGAAGAUAUAGAAAUGGAGCUGCAGAAGCUGAACAAUCAUGUUUUUGUGACACAAUCUGCUCAUGAAGAAGCUAGUACACGCAGUAACGAGCAGUUGAAGGAUGCACUUUCUGCUCUUCAAGAAACAGAGAGGAAAGUGGAGGAGAAAGAUUCGGAAAUCAUGCACUUGCGAAGAAAGCUGAAAAAUCUCGAUAAUUCAUCUAAGGAUACAGAGUUUCAGUUGGAUGAUGCCAUGGCGCAGAUAUCUGACCUUCUGCAUGCUGCUGAGGAACAGAAAGCUGAUUUUCAACAAAAGAUGGAGAAUUUGUUAGCGGAAUCAAAAUCAACCAACUGGGAUGUUCAAACUUAUUACACUGCCCGAAACUCAAAUGGAGUGGCCGGAGAUGUUUCAUCUUCUUUUGAAUCCUCAGCUCAGAGUUUUUCCUUAGGAAGUGAUCCAGCGCAUAUCACGUGCCAAUCACGUAUUAAGGAGCUCGAAGAGCUUGCUGCAUCUCGUCAGAAUGAGAUGUCAAUGCUUAAUACAAGACUAGCCGAGGCUGAGAGCAUGACUCAUGAUGUGCUCCGAGAUCUGCUCGGUGUCAGAACGGACAUGAAUAACAUUGCGUCAAUGCUGGGGCAUCAAAAAAUCCAGCAGCUGGCGGAGAUCGCGCGGCGCAAAAAUGUAGAUGCUGAGGAAAUGGAAGCGGAGCUUUCGUGCUUGAGGUCACAAAUCAAUGACCACAUCGAGGAAAGAAAAAGUUUGCUAGAGGAAGUAAAUCAAAGGCAGUGUGAGAUAAGUGCCGCUCGUGAGAUUGCCGAGAAAUUGCGACAGAGAGAGCAAUUGCUAACAGAUGAGAUUGAAAAGUUCAGGAUCUCAAACAUCAAUCAUCAGGAAAAGAUUAGGGAGCUUGAAACGGAGAUCAGAAGACUACCGUCUGGCCACCAGACUUUUCAUCAACAGAUCACCCAUCACGCUAAAAUUCAGGAAGAAAACCAGGCUCUGAAAUUCGCCAAUGAGGAGUUGAGCAAGAAUCUGCGACGCCUUGAGCUCCUGAAUGCAGGGAUGAAUGAGGAAGUGGUUAGACACAGGACUGCUGAGAGCAAGAAUGCAUCAUCUACAUUUGAUGAAGAGCAACGUCUUCGCCAUUUACUUCGGGAGGCAGAAGAUAGCCGGGCUCAAGCAUCACGGAAACUCUCAGUUCUGAGUUCUGCCAUAUUGCAGGCAGCUGGCUUGUCAAGUGCGGAAAAAGCGAAUCUGUCGACAGCCAUGGACGCCCUUCAGUUGCUUGCAAAUCGCCUCCGAACCGCAGAACGAGAGCUGUCGGACUCUAAAUAUAAGAUGAAAUAUUCAGGGGAGAGGAGGAGGCGUACCGACAUUAGAGCCAAGGACUCUCCGCUGAGAUCUAUCAGUAACUUCACCGACCUACUUCAAAGAGCAGCGUCUAGCCCCGGCCCUGCACCUCGCUAAGCUGUUCGGGCAACUAUUCUCUGGAACUUUUGUAUACUAGCUCCGAGUGAGUACCGUUUUUGUAGCCUAUUUAGAAUUCAAUCACCAGCAUUGGUGGAGGGUUGUACUAUACUGUAUCGAAAACUUAUGCAGAGUGAUUUGGUAGUUAUUCUAUUCGUGUAUAUUUUUAAUGUUACUCUUUUCCCUCUUGUAAAACGUAUUACUUAUUCAAGUCU